AUGGAGUUAAUAAACCACAUUGGUGUAACAUCAGAUUCAGAACAUGGCACUACUUCAAUUAUCUCUAGAAUGAACGGCAGUCUUAUAUUGUUUUUUCUCUUUGUUGCUGCCUUCUUAUACAAGCUCAUUUCAACCGCAUGUUUGGGUUUACAUUAUUUGCUUCCAGAAAGUACAAAUAACAUUAAAAGAAUAUCUGCUUCUAUGUUCUGGGAGUUAUGCAUUUAUUUUUUGGUAAGUAUAACUAAUAAUUUGGGUAUGGGCAAGUACUGACAAUUUUAGAAUAUAAAUGGAGUGAAUUUUGUUGUAUCAGGAGACAAUAUUAAUACAGAUUCUGCAAUUAUUAUUAGUAACCAUAAAUCUCUAGCUGAUUUCAUUGCCAUGGCCUACUUGGCUAGGUACACAAAUGAUACGCUGAAUAAUGAAGAAAAAGAAAACUCUUUCAAAAACCUAACUCUUCCCAGAAUCAAUUUUUUUACUUGGUUCAAACUAUGGCGUAUUCCAUCAAUAAGAGUAUUAAUUAACCUAGCGAAAUGUGAUGAAAACUGGGAAUUAGAGAAUUCUUUGAGCAAAAUUGUUUUUGGAAAGAUUCUGAAAAGCAAAAUUCCGGAAUGGAUCGUAUUGUUCCCCGAAGUAAAUAUUUGGACUGAAGAGGAUUCUUCUUUACAAAAAGCUCAAGGCGAAAAGUUUUACUUACCAACAUUACAAAAUAUAUUAUAUCCAAGAUUUUCUGCAUUCUAUAAUGUGAUCUCAACUUUAAAUAGCAAAGAGCAUUCUAAAUUUAAUCAGCUUUAUGAUGUAUCGGUUUUAUAUGAGUCGAAAAGUACAGAAUUAAAGACACCUCUAAAUAAGCCACCUACAGACGAAAGUAAUGCAGUAAGUUCAUCAGAAAUCCCCCAGCAUAAAGCUGUAAAUUUAGUAUCGCCAAAUCUACUAGAAAUAUUCUCUUCAGAUAAUCCAAUAACGAUUCAUAUACAUGUCAAAUCCAAGAGAUUACUGAGAGUUCCGACAAAGAGGAGCAAAAUAGAGAAAUGGUUAGAAAAUACUUGGGUUGAAAAAGAUAAGUUCCUAGACCAGUGGAAAACGGAUCUAUCAAAAGCGACUACAUUUUCUGUUAAUAGUGGUAAAACUCCUCAAAAUAGCCCAAGUCCAAUCAAAACUGGGUUGUUCAGACUGAGUUCAAUAAAAAACAGUAUAUAA